UCGAAAUUCUACUGUUACCUAAAAACGUGCCCAACUCUGUCGGCUGCGAACUGCGAAGUUUGGAGGACGUUGUACUCGAAGUAGUGGAAAAGAUUGUGUUAAAAGAAUCAAGAAUUCAAACUAUCUGAGUGCACUGGAAUAUAUAGAAAUCGUGGGACGUUCAUUUUCAGAAGAAAACGAUGGCGGAUGAUUUACCUUUUCGAGCAGAAUAUGCAAAGACGGGUCGAGCUAGUUGCAAGAAAUGCAAAGAAAACAUUCCUCAAGGCACUCUACGACUUGCUGUAAUCUUUCAGGCUGCCAAAUUUGAUGGAAAAAUGGUUUCGUGGUACCACUUUGAUUGCUUUUUUGAAAGGCAACGGCCCAAAUCAGCUGGUGACAUUGAACAUUUUGAUCAAUUGCGCUGGGAAGAUCAAGAGAAAAUUAAUCAGAUGCUCAAAAAAAUCAGUGAAGGUGGGAUUGCUGAACCAAGUAAAAAAGGAAAAGGCAAGGGGAAAACAGCUAAAGUUGCUGAACCCUUUUCUGAUUUUCUAAUUGAGUAUGCAAAAUCUGGGAGAGCUGCAUGUCGAGGCUGCUUAGAAAAAAUUGCAAAAGAUGAAUUGAGGAUAUCAAAGAAAGGAUACGACACCAAAGGAGGCAUGAGACAUGGACAAAUGUUGGAUAUGUGGUACCACGUCAAAUGUUUUAAAGAGCGACGAGAAGAAUUAGAAUUUGUUAGCGGAGUGGAUACAAUCCCUGGAUUUAAAGAUCUAACUGCCGACGACAAAAAAGUUCUCUCAAAAGAACUCCCUGCUCUUUCCGCUAACAAACGAAAAGUUGACGGGGAUGCUGUCGACGGACCUUCGGAUGCAAAGAAGAUAAAGAAAGAAGAAAAAGAAAAUGAACAGCUCAAGGAAGAGAUCAAGAAGCAAAAUAAAAUUCAGUUUAAAUACAGAGACCAGUUGGAAUCUCUGACAAAACAAGAACUCCAGAUUCUGCUGGAAUACAAUGAUCAGCAAAUUCCUUCUGGAACAUCUGAAAUGUUGGACCUUCUUGCCGAUGUAAUGGCGUUUGGAGCUUUGCUUCCAUGCAAUGAAUGCAAAAGUGGACAGUUUUUCUACAAGAGUGGCAUGGGUUAUCAAUGCUCUGGAAACAUGAGUGGCUGGACGAAGUGCCCCAACUCGACAACAACUCCCGAAAGGAAACCAUUCAAAGUUCCAUCGGACCUCUCGGAAAAUUACUCAUUUUUGAAAAAGUACAAAUAUGUUCCCGGACAGAGGGUAAUCCCAGCGCUAACUCGCACUAUUCGUAUGAAUCCAACCGAAGAAGUGAACGUGAAAAAAGAAAAAUCCGAUUCGAAACGCCCACCCACACUAGAAGGCUUGAAAUUCAUUCUUGAUUCCAAGCUUGAAAAGUCUAAAGAAAAAGUCGAAGCUGAAAUAAAAAAAUUACUAGGUUCUGUAGGUUCGCGCGUUACCGAAAAAAUUGCAGCCGUAAUUUCCACGAAAGACAAUUUAAAAGAAAAGGAUUCAAAGUUGAAGAAAGCGUCUGAACUCGGUAUUCAUGUUGUAGACCUUAGCUUUUUGGAUGCAAUCAAAGCAAGCACUGGCGAAUCUGCCUCAUCCAUUAUAACGAAGAAAAACAUCGCACCAUGGGAUUGCCACAGUAUCGAGAAGCGUCUUGGUUUGGACGAGUCGGGUGCCACGAAAUCUUCUGGAAAAUCGAAAGGCUCAGAAAAAUCUGGUUCAGGCAUGUCAGAUAAACUGAAGCUGAAACUUAAAGGAGGAGGGGUAGUUGAUCCCGAUUCUGGUUUGGAAGAUAAAGCACAUGUCCUGAAGACGAAAAAUGGUCUGUACAGCGUUGUACUUGGGAUCGUUGACAUUCAAGGUGGAAGAAAUUCUUACUACAAACUUCAAAUUCUUGAACACGACAAAGGAAACAAGUGGCAUGUAUUCCGUGCUUGGGGUCGAGUUGGUACAACGAUUGGAGAUACCAAGCUAACUAAGAUGGAUACCAAACAAGAAGCAAUAGAGGAUUUUGUUGCUCUGUACGAGGAGAAAACUGGGAACCUUUGGGAAAAUCGAGAUAAUUUUGAGAAGCAGCCCGGAAAACUCUACCCUCUAGAUAUUGACUACGGAGAGUCAGAAACAGAUUCACGUAUGACGAUCGCCAAUUCGACAUCGAAGCUUCACCGAUCUAUUCAAGAAUUGGUCUGCAUGUUAUUUGAUGUCGAAGCCAUGAAACGGACGAUGGUAGAAUUCGAAUUAGAUCUAACCAAGAUGCCUCUUGGUAAACUGAGCAAGAAACAGCUGGAAAAGGCGUACGGGAUUUUAAGUCAGGCUCAGGAAAUGUUGGAUUCGAAAGAUGUAUCGAAGACUAAAUUCCUCGAUAUCUCGAAUCAGUUCUACACACUCAUUCCGCACGACUUUGGAAGAAAAACUCCGCCUGUUCUUAGCGAUAACGAAAUCAUUAAGUCUAAACUGGAGAUGCUUGAGAGCUUGAUGGAAAUCGAGGUGGCCUUCAGCUUGCUGAAAGCCGGCGAUGCUGUCAAGGAUAAGGAUCCCAUCGAUGCCCACUAUGAGAAGCUUAACACUGAAAUUGAAGUUUUGGACAAGUCUUCCGAAGAAUUUAGUGUUAUUCAAACGUAUGCAAAGAAUACUCACGCAUCAACUCAUACUCAAUAUACUCUCGAAGUGGAAGAAGUAUUCAAGGUGGUUCGGAAAGGAGAAUCGAAAAGAUUCCGUCCGUUCUCCAAAUUACCCAAUCGCAAGCUCUUGUGGCACGGAUCUCGUGUUUCCAAUAUGGCUGGUAUCCUAUCUCAAGGGUUGCGUAUUGCCCCACCUGAGGCUCCAGUCACUGGCUACAUGUUUGGCAAAGGUAUUUAUUUUGCUGACAUGGUUUCAAAGUCUGCCAACUAUUGCGUCACUUCAAAGAGCAAUCCUGUUGGUAUGUUGUUACUCUGUGACGUAGCGCUGGGCAAAAGUUACGAGCGCAAGGAAGCCGAUUACAUUGAGAAACUGAAAAAAGAUUAUCAGAGUGUUCUCGGAGUCGGCAAGACUGAGCCUAAUCCCGAUGAAUUUAAGAUGUUGGGCAACGUCAAAGUUCCACUCGGCAAACCUGCUGCCACGAAAGUUAAGGGAUCGUCGUUACUGUACAAUGAGUACAUUGUCUAUGAUGUCGCACAGGUGAACAUCAAGUAUCUUAUCAAAACAAAAUUCCACUACAAGUGAAAAGACAUUUUUGAACUCCAAACGUUUUGUUAAUCACAGAACCAUUUCGCAUUUUAAGUUUUACCAAUGAUCGAUCAAAUUCCCUCCUGUUUUUCCCUAAUUAAUUUGUUCUGUUCCUACCUUGAAGUUAAACAAGUUUCUUGACAGCAAA